AGUACCUCUCGACGUUUGUCUUGAUUGUUCCACCGCAAAACCACAGAAUAUUUGCGACAACCCUCCUUUGUGCAUGACCGGAGCCGUCUAGAGCACCGUCACGCUCACAAAAGAGCUCACGCUCACCACCCUCCGGCGGCAUCGAACGAAGAGACUGUCAUCGUCCGUCUCUCGUUUCUCUCCAACACCUUAGCAUCAACAUGCCGUCCUUCUACCCCAGGCACCAGAUGCCUCGCCAGCCGUACACACCCCCAGAGUUCGUGCCUAGCUACCACUCCUCCUGCGGAGGCAUGCCCUACCAGCACAACGCCUACUCUGGCCAGUCGGCGACUCGCCAACAGGACGACUACGACUAUGCCGACCGCUACAGCCAACUCGCCAUGGCUAUGCCACCUAUGUACCCCCAGGCCGGCACCUACAUGAGCCACGCUCCUCCUAGUCUCCCACCACCGAGCUCGUUCUACGAUGCUGGCAACACUUUGCCGCCCAUGCGCACCCACGAGCAGGUCAUGCAGCAGCAGCAGCAGCAGCGUGCGCAAGAGUACAACCAGCGCGCUCAGCAGCCUGCAAAGGAAGAGAAGCCUGUUGGCGGUGUAUCGGCCAAGCUGGACUACGAUAUGGACGUGAUGACCGACUUUGUCCGCGACAUGGCAUUGCAGCUCAUCACACCCGGACGCAUGGAGCCCACCUCUUUCCGCAAGUGGGUGUACCAGGUCCUCUGCGCUACAAGACUGCCGUCUGCCACCAUCGUGCUCAGCAUGUCGUACCUGUCCAUCAGGAUGCCCAUGCUGGCCCACGAGCCCAAGACCGACACCCAUCUUUUCCGCCUUCUCACCAUUGCGUUGGUGCUUGGCAGCAAGUUCCUGGACGACAACACGUUCAUCAACCGCUCAUGGUCAGAGGUCAGCGGCAUCAGGGUCGACGAGCUGAACAGGCUCGAGAUGGAGUGGCUCAACGCCAUCGACUACAAGCUUCACCGUGAGGCUACAGAGCACCAGGGCUGGAACACCUGGUCAGAGAACUGGAAGGAAUACCAGACUCACGCCAGCCGAAGCAACAAGCUCAGCCCCAUCGACACCUCGGUGCACCGCCAUUCUUACAAUGCGAACAAGCCGCUUCCUCCUCUGCCUAUGCAGCAGGCCUACCAGCCCUCAGCGUACGAGCCUGCUCCCAAGUCUGCUAUGUCCUCAUACAGCUACAGUGGCUAUGCUCAGUACGACCCUUGGAGAUCGUCCGACCACUCUCCCGCAUCCGCACCAACCACAGGACCCACCACCCCGGAGUACUAUGGUGCCGCCGGACCCUGGGCUCCCACUGAGGGCUACUCACGUCGCACCAUGUUCGGCUUCCCCCCCCUGUCUCAGCCAGCCCACUCUCAGCACCACCACCAGCAGUCGACCAACUAUGGCCCACCUGCUUACCAGUCGCAGUACAACGCCUCUGCCUGGAACCAGCACGGUGUGAACUGUGGCUGCAUGUACUGUGCGCAGAGGCACCAGCCGUACUUCAUGGCUUCUGGCUUUGGUCCUCAGGCUAUCACUGCCUAAGCGAUGCAUCCGUUACGACGCCUUCACCUUCUUCAUUACAUAUUCGACGCUCGACUUUACCUUGACGCCCCGUUUGUCUAAAAGUUUCUGUUCUCUUCCGCACUGGCAUUCGGUCUACUCUCUAGACUUCGCCGGUCACCGAAUAUACG